CAAAUAAGCGUCGGACCGAGAAACACUUGAUCGGUGCAAAGCUAUUUAGAAGCAGUGGAAACAUGUUGCUGUGGGAGAAAUAUGCAUCUGUGAUGAAUGUUUGUUGACGCAUUAAACCACAGUGGUUUCAUGGUGGACGCGGUAGAGUAGUCUCUGUAAAGAUUUCAUUUGCAAAACGAUGUUUGCCAAACCGUUUCGUGUCAAAUCCAACACUGUACUCAAAGGAUCAGACAGGAGAAAGUUGAAAGCUGACCUUUCAGCUGCAUUUCCAUCCCUUUCUGCUGAUGAUCUGUCUGAGCUCGUCCCCAACAAAGAAGAAAUUAAUGUUGUGAGGAUUUAUGCACACAAAGGAGAAGCUGUGACUCUUUAUGUUCUUCAUAAAAACCCUAUCUUCUUUGAACUGGAGAAACGACUUUAUCCUACAGUGUAUGUUCUGUGGCGACACCCUUCUCUCCUACCAGUAUUCAGAACAUGGGCUCCUGUGCUUCAGAAGUUGAUUGGAGGGGCCGAUCUCAUGCUGCCAGGUGUGGUGAGGCCUUCAUGCGGGCUUCCAGAUGUAAAACAAGGGUCCUGCUGUGCUGUUUUGAUUGUGAAUAAUAGGGCUCCUGUUGCUGUUGGCAAAGCUGCAACAUCAACCACGGAGAUGCAAAGCUCGGGUAUGAAAGGGAGAGGAGUGUGCGUUCUUCACACGUACAUGGAUUACCUCUGGGCGUUUGGAGAUAAAUCAAAUCCUCCCUCUUUACCAGAUGAGGAUGGGGAAAUAGAAGAUACAAACAGAGAGAAAUGUGAAAUUAAUGAGAAAGAAGAAGGUAGAGAUGACGAUGAUGAUUUUGGAACGUGUGCAGAGGAGCAGCAGAGCUCUGGUGAAACUGUUACAGAUCAGGCCUGUUGUGGUUUUGAGGAGCUGAACCUCACUGAGACGGAGGAAGACAAGGUGGAAAGUAGCAAUGAAAAAGGCGAGGAGAACCAGGACGAGCAGAAAACUCCUCAUGGUAAGGAAAUGGACGCCCUGCUGCUGCAGUGCUUCCUGCAUGCUCUGAAGAGCAAGGUUAAGAAGUCAGAGCUCCCUCUGCUGACUAGCACAUUUCUCCGGAACCACAUGUUCACCUGCUGCCCUAGCGGGAAGCAACUGGAUAUCAAGAAAUCCAGUUAUAAAAAGCUGUCCAAGUUCCUACAAGUCAUGCAACAGCAGCAUAAUCUUGUUCAAGUGAAAGAACUCACCAAGGGUGUGGAGAGCAUUGUGGAAGUGGACUGGAAAAAUCAACAACUGCGGUCCUUUAGCGUUCCAGAGGAGGCAGGUGUUGAAGAAACGGCGGUGCUGAGUGGAGAAGGAGAAGCCCCAUAUCACCCUCCAGAGAUCACUACUCUGUACUCUGUGUCUGCUCGGUUGGAGCCACUGUUUUUGGAUGCAAAUAAGAGGAAAGGGAUGACAAUGUUUCCUGCUGAUGUCAGAAGUAUAAUCACUGAAUAUGUGAAGAAGAAUGAGCUGGUGGAUGAGAAUAAUAAAAAUUAUGUGACUAUAAACCCGACCCUGUGUGACUGCUUACUGGAGAAAUCAGAAUACCAGGAGGUAGAGUGUCUCAAAUGGGAUGACCUUUUUAGCAGGACAUUGGGAAGAAUGCAAGAGUGUUAUCAGGUUGUGUUUCCUGGACAAGCAGCAACAGUAAAGAAGGGCCACAUUGAGCCAAUAGACAUCUCUGUGGCUUCUCGAGGUUCUAAUAAGAAGGUGACUCUAAUAAAGAAUUUGGAAGUGUAUGGUUUGGAUCCUGCAGUAGUUGCCACUGCUCUGCAGCACAGAGUCCAGGCCAGCUCUGUCUUACAGAUCCUCCCUGGAGCUAAAGACAGAGUCCUGGUCCAGAUCCAAGGUAACCAGAUUCAUCAGGUUGGAAACCUGCUGCUUGAUCAUUAUCAGGUUCCUCGCAAGUAUAUCCAGGGACUGGACAAAGCUCCCAAGGGUGGGAAAAAGAAAUAAAAUUGGACUUUGCUGUGCCAGCUUUUCAUUGCACUUAAAGCUGUUAUCAUGUUGCGUGUCAUGCUGCCCUCCACUUUAAUUAAAUUGCAUCCACUAACCCUUUCUGACAUUAGGUUCAACUUAUUUUCCUGUUAGGUUUUGGCUGCAGUCUGGACUGAGGAAUCCAAGUUAGAACUAAUUGAUGAGUUUGGCUACACCGAAUCAGAUUUGGUUGUUGUAGCAAGAUUAUUAACGUCUGUUGGCAAAAAACAUUUGGUGUAAAACUUCUUUCAAAAUUCUUGUUUGUAUUUAGUUUUUUUUUAUGUGUUUUGGAACUUCUGAGGCCCAAAGCUCAGUUAUGCUUGUAUGUGUAAAACCGUUUAGUAAGUAGGUCCAUAAUCCGGUUUUUAAAUAAAUUCAGUAAGAGAGAAUACACAUUAAAGCACAAAUAAAUUAAAUAUGGCCAAAACAAAAACGAUAUUUAUGUUAAGGAAAAGCACAAUUAAAUAAGGAUGUCCUUAUUGUUUCUUUUUUUUUUUUUUGAAUGAAUGAAUCAAGAUUCUCAAGACAAUUAAAAAAAAAAAAAAA